CCAAAUCUCUCCAAAAAAAUUUUACCCAAAAAAUUCUAAAGUCCCAAAAUCCAUCACUAUGGCCUUUCAUGUAGCUUGCCCCAUUACAUGCCGCCGAAUCUGCUUCUGUUCGCUAGGGUUUCCUCCUAAUCUUCAGCCGCCUGACUCCAACAAUGCUUUCUUCGACCAUGUGCUGAGGCUCCAUGAAUUCUUCCAGGAUCCCUGGGGGAUUAGGGUUUCCACUCAGGGGACCGUGCAGGUAUCGGUGCCCAAGGUUGAGCCGGUUCGUUCUUCAGAUGGCGCCUAUGUGGUUGAUGAUCCAGCGCAGGCCAAACGACUUGCGGUUCAGAGGAGGGUUGCUGUGGUGGCUGCGGAGGAUUAUGCUAGGAGGGUUCAGUCUGGGGACAUUGCGGUUGCUUCCAAAAACCCAGCUGGAGAAGAGCAAGAUCAAUCCAGCACAAAUGUAAUGUGCCACAUGUGCUUUUUGACUGAAAAUGAAGGAAGCGAGAGAGCAAGAAGAGUGCUCUCAUGCCCAAUUUGUGAUAAGAAGUACCACAGGAGCUGCCUCAAGUCUUGGGCUCAACAUAGAGAUUUAUUUCAUUGGAGUUCCUGGACCUGCCCUUAUUGCAGAACAUGUGAGGUGUGCCGAAGCACUGGAGACCCAACUAGGCUUAUGUUCUGCAAAAGGUGUGAUGGUGCAUACCAUUGUCAUUGUCAGCAUCCUUCUCACAAGAAUGUUACUCCUGGACCAUAUUUGUGCCCAAAGCAUACACAAUGUCACAGCUGUGGAUCAGCUGUCCCUGGAAAUGGUUUAAGUGUGCGUUGGUUUCUGGGAUAUACUUGUUGUGAUGCUUGUGGAAGGUUGUUUGUGAAAGGAAAUUAUUGUCCUAUAUGUUUGAAGGUUUACAGGGAUUCAGAAUCAACACCAAUGGUCUGUUGUGAUGUUUGCCAGCGCUGGGUGCACUGUCAAUGUGAUGGCAUCAGUGAUGAAAAGUACUUGCAGUUUCAAGUAGAUGGGAAUCUCCAGUACAAAUGUGCCACUUGUCGUGGAGAGUGCUACCAGGUUAAGGAUCUUGAGGAUGCUGUUCGAGAGCUCUGGAGGAGAAGAGACAAAGCUGAUCAACAUCUAAUUGCUAGCUUGAGGGCUGCUGCUGGGUUGCUGACCCAAGAAGAAAUAUUUUCCAUCUCUCCAUUUUCAGAUGAUGAAGAAAAUGGUCCUAUGUUAUCAAAGAAUGAAUUUGGACGUUCCAUAAAAUUCUCUCUCAAAGGUUUAGUUGACAAGUCACCAAGGAAGACAAAGGAAUAUGGAAAGAAAUCCAAAAAGCAUUCUAAGAAAAAAGCUUACCAGGCAUCUUUAACAAGUAAAGCAGAACCGAACCAGAGUUUUGAGGGAGAUCAUGAUGCCCAAUCUCGGGAAUAUAGUGUAGGGGAUGACAGGAAUGAUGAAAUUUUGUCUAAUAGAAGUGAAGGACAAGAUAUUUCUUCUGUUGCAGGAAUUUGCUUUACUAAUCAACCAGGAGUUUUGAAGCACAAGCUUGUGAAUGAAGUGAUGGUGAGUGAUGAAGAUAGAACUCCACAGGUUGUUAAAAUUAAGAGGAGCAAGCCCCUCACAUUGGAUAGUGGAUAUGAUGCUGGAAAACAUGGUAGCAAGUCAAAGACUGUUAAGGCGAAGAAGUUAGUCAUAAAUUUAGGUGCACGGAAAAUAAAUGUAACAGACUCUCCAAAGGCUGAUGCUUCAAGUCUUCAAAGAGAACAAGAGUCAAUUUUGUUGAAUGGCCAGCAGAAAAUGGUUGACAAGUUUAUGCUGGAUAGACAUGACAGAACUGCUAAAUCUUUUGAUGGGGACAAAGUUGAUCGGUCUGGCCAAUCAAGAGGUUUAAAAAUUGCUGGAAGAGAAGGAAAUUUGACAAAAUUUGGAAAAAUUAGGUCUGAGAUUCCUGACGUGAACCCUAAAGUUGAUAGGGGGAAUGGUGCUGAUGGAUAUGCAACUACCCCAGAGCAAUCACGUGUUGCAUCAGGAAAGAGAAGCAUUGAAGGAAUCAGGAUUACAGCUGGAUCUGUGGGUGAGGUUCCUUCAUCAAGAGGAGGCAAGGCAAUUUUAGGGACACGAUUUGAAGGUGAGGCUGAUGCAUAUGGUGAAAGCAAUGAAGAUUAUGUUCACACCCCUGUCUCAAAAGAUUCCAAACCUUCUUUGAAAUUUAAAUUCAAGAAACCCAAUCUUGAUAACCAGAAUUCUCAGGUUCCACAAAAUGUGGAAGAAAAGACUUUAGUUAAAGGCCAAAGGUCAAAAAGAAAGAGACCGUUGCCCUACAUGGAUAAAUCACCAUUUAGUUACGAGGAAGAGGGUGAAGUCACACAAUCAAAUCAAGACAGUUCAAUGGAUGAGAUGAUGGCUGCCAAUUGGAUUUUGAAGAAGUUGGGUAAAGAUGCAAUUGGAAAGAGAGUUGAAGUUCACCAGGCAUCUGAUAAUUCAUGGCAUAAGGGAGAUGUUACCAACAUCGAAGGGACAUCAACAUUAUCUGUUAAGCUGGAUGAUGGGAGACUGAAGACUCUGGAACUUGGUAAGCAGAGCGUUCGCUUUGUUCUUCAAAAGCAAAAGAGGUCAAAAUUUUGAAGGCAAAACUGUUGUUGUGUUGUUUAACUUAGUAGGAGUCUCCCUUCCAUUGUAAAGAUGAUUCAGCUUGUACAUUCACAAUCACAAGGCCUCAGUAGUUAGGUCCACCCAUGUCGUGUAUGGCUUUCUUCAUUCUCAGCAUUUUAUGGUGUAUCUUGUUUAUUCAUUUUAGAGGUGAAGAAGAAUCAAGCCUGUCAAAUCAGGCUUCACCAUUUCUCGUUUUGGUAAUUAAAUCGAAGUUUAGUGU